AUGACAGCAUUGAACUUGUUCCCAUUGAAUUAGUGAAUAAAUAAUGAAGAUUUUGGAAACAACACAGACUUUGUUUGUGUAAUCAAGAAACGUUCAUAUCCCGACGGGCGAGGAUAUAGUGAACAAGCGACAACGGGUGAGCAAAUCUUCAGUGGAAAGUUGAAAGAAAUAAUCUCUACAACAUGUGUUUAUACGCUCAAAACCACCAACAUUUGUAAGGCGAGUUUUCUUUUCUAUCAGUCUUGAGCUGGUGUGCUUUUCCUCCUCCUGAUGUUCAGCUUCCUCAGGGAGGGUCAUGCUGUGGCCAGCUGCCUUUCUCUCACUUUCAUGCUUCUUCUCCAUAUCUUGGAUGUGUGUGUGUCAGAGUCCCACCAAGCAGAAAUCAGAUGCCCAGAGAGCUGCUUCUGCUUGGAGAAUGUCGACGGUGGGCUUGUGGUCCGUUGUAGCGACAUGAACUUAAUUGCGGUGCCACAUGGCCUUCCGAACACCACGCGACAUCUAUACCUAGACAACAACCUGCUUCUUACCAUACCGUCUGAUUCAUUUAUAGGGCUCCCGCUGCUGUUCAAACUAGAUCUUUCCCACAACAGGUUGGUUCAUCUGGAGCCUGGAGCAUUUCGAGACCAAACAGACUCGUUGAGCAGCCUGGACCUUUCUUUUAACUUGCUGGAGACACUGGACCCUGAGGCGUUUGGCGAGCUCAGAGCCCAGACUAACCUCUCUCAUAACCCCUGGCUGUGUGAUUGCCAUCUGCAGCUGGCUAUGCCACAGCUGCUCUUGGAUCCCUCCUCCCUUGCUGAGGUGGUAUGCAAUGCUUCUGAACCUGAAGAGCUUGGAGCUCAAGGUAUGCCGUUCAUCCUGGUAGCGACUGAUCUUGACUUCUGUGCGGCACUCCGGAGGACCACUGACGUUGCUAUGCUAAUAACAAUGUUUGGCUGGUUUACAAUGGUUAUAUCCUAUUUAGUGUACUAUGUAAGGCACAACCAAGAGGAUGCUAUUCGCCACCUAGAGUAUCUCAAGUCUCUCCCAAACAGGCAGGGCAGAUCUGGGGAGUCACUGACACAUAGCACCUGGUUGUAACAUAAAUAACUACUUUAAAUCUUUUUUUAAGCUAUUUUUUUAAAUUACUCAUUCACUCUUUAGAUUAAAUUUGAAAGGCUGGCUGACACGGAAGAGAAGAAAUUGUUAAAUAAAGUCAUUAUUUUUGUUUUCUUUGUGCACAAAAAGUAUUCUUGUAGCUUCAUAAAAUUAAGGUUGAACCGCUGAUGUCACAUGGACUAUUUUAGCAAUGUCCUAACUACCUUUCUGGGUCUUGAACGUGUCAGUUGUGUUACUGUCUGUGCAGGGUCAGAAAGCUCUCAGAUUUAAUCAAAAAUACCUUAAUUUGUGUUCU